GUGAGCUAGUGGAACAAGAUGCGGUUGCUUAGUCGGUAUUGUGCUACUCUGGUAUUUUGUGCCUUUUACUCGACGCUCUUGACGCAAAUAAUGGGUGAAAAAGUGCAUGGUACCGCCACUGCUUUCACAGUAUUCGAGAAUUUUCCUUUUGCUCUAGCCAUAUUCGACAUGGACCAGGACGGAGACCUUGACUGUGUCAGCGCAAUACGCACACAAUUCGACAAAAGCGAACCGAGCGCCACCUACGUCUGGAUGUUCAAAGGAAACAAUCCGAGGAAUGUCACCUUCCACAUAAAACCAGGCCCUACUUUCGACACGAGCACCUACACGAUGGAUGACGAUUACGAGCACGAAUACCAUGCAAACUUCUACUUUUCCGACUACAAGAACUGCGUCAUUUUCGGCAUGCCUCAUUUGGACACAGACGAAUGCAUGUUAUGGGUUACGAAAAAGGUGAAAGACGAUGUGCCGCAGAUUUGCACGGACAAGUACAAGGAAAACUGCGACAUGCAAGUGAUGGCGUAUGACCAAGAAACCUGCGGCGAAUACGCGGACUACGAAUAGGACCGCAUCAUGUCGCCCGAGGAUGGCGAAGGUUUACUUAGAUGUGUCCUACAAGUGCAGCACCUGGAAUAUAGAGCGCAUGGGCACAACAACCAAAUGUACCAUAAAAAAGCACGUGUUCAGUGAUUGUAGCGUGAAGGAAAUUGUGGUCGGAGAACUGCUUCUGCGUAUACGUUGUAUAUGUGCGGGCUCUGGUAUGUUCUUCAGUGGGUUAAAAAAAAGGCGCACAUGAAUUUUGGUCUUCGAAAGUUGCA